CUUGUCACUUGCCAUAUUAGGAGAUUAUUUCGUUUUCUUACGAAUUUGAUUUUAAUUCUUUCUCAAUCGUGAAACUAAACUGAUUGCGGAGCCCUAACAAUUGUUAACAAUGUGAACACAAAGCGACAUCUUUCUACGCUCCAACAAAAUAAAGUUCGAGAUACAUCGAUUCAGUUUUCAAACUGAUGGAACACCAUCCGUCAAAACAUGAUGACAUUACUUUGACCCUAAUUAUUUACAUUUUUUUCUUAGCAUAACGUCGUUUGCUUUUCCAUUUCUGUUUGGGUUUAGAACCUUGUCCUCUAAUUUUGGGAGAAUAUUUUCACGGAAUAAGUUCGGCUUCUAAUCAGUCAGGUUCUGAGUUUUGAAGAGUGAAUUCAAACUUAUACCCAAUUACUCCUUCACCGUGCUGUAAAUAUACGCGAAUGUUUUUUCUUCGAGUCGAAUUCAAAAACCUUGUGACAAAUUCCACGAUUAGACCAUGAAUUUUUUGACGCCAUCAGGGACUUGGGAUCGCAUUCAAUCACCACGAUUCCUAGAUUUCAACGCUGGCAUUCCGGAGGCCAAGGAUUCAUUUUUCGAACGCAAAGUAGACGACUCACCGUUUUCAAAAGAACAGCGAAAUGCUCAUAAUCCAAAACUACCCUUCGACGACGAAUGGAUAUUAACAAAAACUACCCAUAGUACAGAAAAAUUGCAGAUAACACCUCCGACACCGAUCUAUUUAGUCACCCCAAAAUGGGAAUCGUGCAGUGGUCCAGAGGUCAUUACCAGUACACCAGCAACGCACGUUGAGAAUGAAAAUUCUUCAUUGAAAAUGGCGUGGUCAAAAGUCCCGGAAAUCAAAAAUGAUAACGAAAGUCGAAAGGUCCUGCAAGCAGAAAACGGCGUCAGGAAAUUUCGGGCAAAUCCUAUUCCAUCGUAUCUGAAAAAGUUAUCAAACAAAAAGUUUCAGGGCAACACAUGCACCAACACGAUGGCUGUAGAGAGAAAAAAGCCAAGAGAAAAUACGCACGUUCCUUCUUCGGCUCCGUUCCGUCCAAUUUCGCCGAAAAAAGUUUCGCGACCCAGACCUUUUGUUUUGCAUUCAGAAUUAAGAGCGAGAGAAAGAAAGUUGUACGAGGAUUACAUCAAAGAGAAACAACGUCUUGAAGAAGAGAAGAAACAAUUAAUGGAAGCCAGUAUGAGAAAACGAGAGGAGUGGGAAAUUAAAAUGCUAAGAAAAUCGCUAGUCCCCAAGGCUCAGCCUAUAAGAAAAUACAAAGGGGUUCCCAGUCUUACUCCAAAACGUAAACUCACCGAACCGAUUACUCCCAUGGUCCUCAAACGACGUAGAUUUUUCUGAAUGUUGUCCAUAGUAAUUAAUAGACCGAUUUCUAAGAUUUUAUCUAUCUGAUCAUCAAAAAAAAAUGUAAACUGAAAAUAUGUAUUUCCUAUAAUUAUUCUGAUAAAAAAUUCGCUUGUUCUUCUUUUUGCUUUGUUCAAGGUAGCCAGUUUUAUUGUCCUUCGUAUAAUUCUGUUUUGUAUAUUCUCGAUCUGUGUAUUUGUAUGGCUUGUGUGUUCUUUUACAUAGUAAUUAACAUAAUAUCUUUUAUUCAUGUACAUAUAGGGCAUGUCAUAGAAUUUGUAUAUAAUUUAAUCAAAUAUAAAAAUAUUUAAAUGCUGA